AUGGCUGGCUUCACUCUCGAGGUGUUCGAUGCCAAGAAGACCGAUAAGCAGGUCGCUUUGUUGGAGGAAAUCUACCCCGAUGACACUAUUUUUGCUAUCAAGAAGAAGAUUGCUAAAGCCAAACCUGCUUUGUCGGUCGAGCGUCAAGCCUUGCGAGCGGAAGCGAAAGGGAAGGCUCUGAAGGAUGAGCAAAAAUUGUCGGAAUUGGGGAUUUCGGCCAACGCUCAACUCUUUGUCCGUGAUUUGGGACCGCAGAUCGCUUGGAAGACGGUAUUUUUGACCGAAUACGCUGGGCCAUUGUUUAUCUAUCCCAUCUUCUACCUCCGACCUUCAUUCAUCUAUGGAUCUGAUGCUUCAAAGGCGCCAGUUCAUCAUGUCGUCACGCUGGCGUGCAUCUGUUGGUCGAUCCAUUACUUCAAGCGUCUUUUCGAGACUCAGUUUAUCCACCGUUUCUCAAACGGAACCAUGCCGCAGUUUAACUUGGUCAAGAACUGCUCGUACUACUGGGGCUUCUGCGCAUUCGUUUCUUACUUUGUCAACCAUCCAUUGUACACUCCUCCAGCCUUUGGCACCGUCCAGAUUUACGCAGGAUUGGCUGGAUUCCUCAUUGCCGAAUUUGGAAAUCUCUCUAUCCACAUCUUGCUCCGAAACCUUCGCCCGGCCGGCACCAAGGAACGCCGUAUCCCCAAGCCGGAUGGGAAUCCGAUGUCCUGCAUCUUCAACCUCGUCUCUUGCCCCAACUACACCUACGAAGCGCUCGCGUGGCUCUCUUUCACCGUCAUGACACAAAGCUUCCCAGCUUUCCUUUUCACGGUUGCCGGCUUUGUGCAGAUGACGAUCUGGGCCCUGAACAAACAUCGUGCCUACAAGAAGGAGUUCCCCGACUACCCCAAGGGUCGCAAAGCCAUUGUUCCCUUCGUGAUC